AUGAAAUUACCUCAAAGCUUUGGAUGCCCGGGAAAGGAAUGGCUACUUAUCGCUACCAUUUGUCUCGUUACAGCCAGUAUUCUAGGAGUCGGACUUGGAGUAGGGUUGGGGCGUAGCCAUAGCUACCACUCAGCUCCAAAUUCAAGCACCUUCACCACUCCCGGCAGCUUCUGGCGCCCUGUCGUUGGAACACACUGGCAAAUUAUCCUCAACCAUACGUUAGCCAAUCAAGGUUACGACGUGCCUAUUUACGAUAUAGACCUAUUCUUGACUAGUGCAAAAGCCAUCGCCCAUCUUCACGCCGCUCGUCGUAGGGUUAUUUGCUAUUUUUCUGCCGGCUCCUACGAGCCCUUUCGCCCUGACUCGGAUAAAUUUGAAAACAGAGACAAGGGCCUUGCACUAGACGGCUGGCCAGACGAAUACUGGCUUGACACUCGCUCGCUCAAUGUGCGAAGUGUAAUGAAAGCGCGUCUAGCUCUUGCGGCUCAGAUUGGCUGCGAUGGAGUGGAUCCGGAUAAUAUCGAUGGCUACGAUAAUGCAACUGGCUUCGACCUUACGGCAGCCGACGCAAUCGACUUUAUCAAAUUUCUGGCGAAUGAAGCGCAUUUUCAUAAUGUUUCUAUUGGACUGAAGAACGCGGGCGCUCUUGUCCCCUUCGUGCUGAGGCUCAUGGAGUGGGAAGUGACGGAGCAAUGCGUGCAGUACGACGAGUGCCAGAUGUUUCGACCAUUCGUGGACGUUGAUAAGCCUGUCUUCCACAUAGAGUAUGCAAAUGAUCUCGCCACUCAACGCACCGCUGUCUGUCGGGAUGAGAAGGCACGUGGCUUUUCCACCGUACUCAAAGAUAUCAGCUUGGAUUCGCGGGUCGUGCGCUGCUAG